AUGGACACCACAAUUUGCUCUACCUCAUUUGGGGAAAAAGAUGACUUGACAUGCAUCGAAAUGUUGAACAAUGCAUUGAAUACUGCAAAAAGCGGUGAUUUGUCAGCAGGUAUUUAAGAUUUUAUUUCGAGAAAAAUUGUAGUACAGAAAGUCUUCAGGUUAUGCAAAACUCGAAGAAUGUUUGGAACACGGCACAUCAAAUUUCAAUCUUCUUCCAACGAUUUAUAUGUGGCUCGGAAGAGUAUCCAAUUCACUGGGACUUCACGAAAAAUCCUUUUCGUAUUAUCAAUAUGAAGUACAAUUGCACAAGUUAGUCACAUUAUUUUAAAUUACAACUAGCGAUUUCUAAUCAAAAUAUUUUUGCAGAGUGAAUCGAGAUAUGAAAUCAGCGACUGACGCGUAUUUGAGAUUGACUGCGAUUUGUAUGAAACUCGAUCGAAAAAAGCGAGCAAAGAAGGUGCUGAAAGAGUUUAUUGAAUAUGCGCAAGAUGAAAAUGAUUGUAUUUCUUCAACAAUUGCUCGCAUUCAUUUGAUUGAUAUGUUAUUGGAUGAAGCGUUUUGCAGAAAAUCAGACAAUUUGGGGGUUCUAGAAGAGGCCCAAAAACUAUUAGGGUGAGUAUCUCUUUGCAAAAAUAUGCAGAAAAGCCUUGAAUAAAACUUAUUUUAAGUUUUUCCAGCGAAUCAAGAGAAUAUGCAAUUGGUGAUGAAUUAUGCCUCGAAUUAGAUCGGCUCGAAGCAAAAUACACAGUUCUUGUUGAAAAAUCCGCCACAAAAGCCAUCGAGAAAUAUCAGAAAUGCAUCAACAAAUCGAUUCAGCGUAAAAACUAUGCAAAAGUACAUGAAUUAUCAUAUGAAAUGGCUCGAUUUUGUUAUCAAAAUGAAUUGUUGUCGCAAAUCGAGAAACUCAAUUGCGCAAUCAAUUAUGCGAAAAAAUGCAAUGAUUUGAAAAUCGCCACUUUCUAUAUGAUCAAAUUAUCAGCUUGUUUUGAGAUUUGUGAAAGAUUUGAGGAAGCUUAUGAAUGUGGAUUGGAAUCGAUAGAACAACUUGGAAAUAGUGAUAUGAAAUUGUUGCAAGAAAUUCGAUUGACAAUUUGUAAAGCUUUGGUUGGAAUGAAGAACCUCGAAAAUGCUGUUUAUUAUUUGGUUAUAGCCAGUAUUUCUGCUGUUGAGCAAAAGAAUGAUGAAAAUCUUCAAAAUUUCUAUGAAAUCAUCGACAAAAUCAUGCAAGAAAUCAAAACUUCAAAUAUUAUCUAUGAUGAACAAACGAUAACCAUAAAAUUCGAACAAACGACAACUUUCGAAGUUUGGAAAAUGACAAUUAAUGAAAUAAUUGAAGCGAAAAAAGCAAGAGAAUUGGCGAAACUUGCGAAAAAAGAAGAACCCGAAUUGGAUUUGUUUGAAAUGAUUGCGAGAUUGAGUGAACAUCGAAUGGAAGAUCAACGAACUGUUCUACCGCCAUCAUUUGCAGUUCGUAAGUGGAACAAUUGAAAAUGCAGAAAAAAAAUGAACAACAUUUUCAGCUCGAUCGACUUCGCGUCAAUCAAAAACCAGUGAAACCAAGAAGAAAGGGAAGAGUUUCGCAUUACUUCCUGGUUUACGAAUUCCUCUACACAAAUUGCAGUAAGUUUUUUUCUGAAGAUGUUUUUGAAGUUCAAAAAAAUUUCAAAAUUUGAGAAUUUAUCGAAAUUUGGGAUAAAAACUUCGGAAUGAGCUCCGGGAAAAAUUGCCCAAAUUUUAAGAAAUAUGAAAAUUUUUUGAAUAAAUUAUAUGAGUUUUUUAAAUAAAAUUUUUAAUAGAAAGAAGCAAAACUAUUUUUAUUUUGAGAUUUUUCGAAAAAAAAUUAUCUUUCAUUUUUGCAGAGACCUAAAAAUCGACAAAAAGCGACUCAACUCGUUCCUCAAAUCCAAACCCAAAAAUCAAAGCAAAGUUUCACUUGAAUCGGAUCAAGAAAGUGUUUGUGACUCGGAAACAAUUGGCGAUUUGGCAUCACUCGACAGUGUUUCUUUGAAUAAAGAAAAUAUGCAACACAGUUAA